AUUCCUGCAAGGGCUCAUCCUCGCCGCCAUGGUCCGCAUUAUCAUCAAAGGAGGCGUGUGGAAAAACACGGAAGAUGAAGUGCUGAAGGCAGCCAUUGCGAAAUACGGGAAGAACCAAUGGGCACGUAUCUCGUCUCUGUUGGUGCGGAAGACCCCCAAGCAAUGCAAGGCGCGUUGGUACGAGUGGCUGGACCCCUCGAUCAAAAAGACCGAAUGGUCCAAGACCGAGGACGAGAAGCUGCUCCACCUCGCGAAGCUCAUGCCAACGCAAUGGCGGACCAUCGCACCCAUUGUUGGCCGUACUGCUACGCAAUGUCUCGAGCGGUACCAAAAGCUGCUUGAUGAGGCAGAGGCGAAGGAGAGCGAGGAGCUGGGCCUCGCAGGGCCUGGUGGUGAGGCGGGGCCGAGCGCAGACGAUGUCCGGAGGCUCAGGCCUGGAGAGAUCGACCCUGACCCGGAGACGAAGCCCGCGCGACCUGACCCUAUUGAUAUGGACGAAGAUGAGAAGGAGAUGUUGUCUGAGGCUCGCGCUCGUCUUGCAAAUACGCAAGGUAAGAAGGCGAAGCGAAAGGCCCGUGAACGUCAACUUGAGGAGGCAAGACGCUUGGCUGUGCUGCAGAAGAAGCGGGAGUUGAAGGCGGCAGGUAUCAUUAUGCGGCACAAGACUAAGAAGAAGGGAAUGGAUUACAAUGCGGACAUUCCGUUCGAGAAGAAGCCUUCGGCUGGAUUCUACGAUACGUCUGACGAACAAGCUCGUGCAACCACUGCUCCCGUUGGGCAAAGUCUCCGUCGCCUCGAAAACAAGCGCAAGCCAGAUGAGGAAGAAGCUGAACGUAGAAAACGCCAGCGCAAAACAAACGAGAAGGAGGGCGGCAAUGCGCCACAUCAGACAAAAUUCGUCGCCGCACGCGAUGCCCAGAUUCAGAAACUCAAGGAGGCGGAGUCUAUUGGACGCCGGCGCAAGCUGAUGCUUCCCGCGGCGCAAGUCGGUGAGGCGGAGCUGGAGGAUAUUGUCAAGAUUGGCCAGGCAAGUGAGAACGCAAAGGCACUGGUUGCUGGAGGCAGCGAGGCGAGCAACCGGCUACUAAGCGACUAUGAGGGUUUAGAGAAGGCGAGAAUGGCACGGACGCCUCGCACUGCGCCCCAACAUGACAAUGUGUUGUCGGAGGCUCGAAAUUUACGCAACAUGACCAUGGCUCAAACACCUUUGCUAGGAGAAGAGAACACUCCUCUUCAUUCUGAUCCUACAGGUGAUACAGGCUUUGGGGGGGCAACUCCGAGACACCAAGUCGCGUUUACUCCGAACCCGCUAGCAACUCCCUUGCAUGGUGGAAGUGCUGAUCCCUCAGCGACACCACAGGAUGUCCAGGUCACGCCAGGCACAGCUCUCAUGCGCACACCCAUGCACGACACGCUCAGCAUCAACACAAGUGAUCGCUUCUCGUCUGUGGGUGACACCCCACGAGAACUGCGCAUGCGCACGACCUCUGCGAAGAGGGCACUCAAAGCGGGCUUCAUGAGUCUUCCGAAGCCAGAGAACAACUUCGAGCUGCUCGUGCCUGAAGACGAGGAGUCGGAAGAGCAGGCUGAGGGGCCGGAAGUCGAUGGGGAAGACGCUGGCGAGCGCGAUGCACGGCUUAGACGCCAGCGAGAAGAGGAGCAGCAGAAGGCCCUGGCUAGGCGGUCGCAAGUCGUGCAGCGAGGGCUCCCCCGUCCCCCGAACGUGGAUGUUGAGCGUCUGUUGCGCGACUUAUCACUCGACGAAGCCACGCCGACGGAGUUUGCGCCCGCGGAGAACCUGAUUCACGAAGAACUGGCGAGUCUAUUACUGCACGAUUCCCUCGCCCACCCUAUCCCUGGCACAGUGCAUCCCGGCAGCACGCCAUCGUCCUACCAGCUACCGCCUGAUGAUGUCGUUGCUGCGGCGAAAUCCGCUAUUCACGACGAACUUGCCACCGCUCUCGGCUACCCCAACGCAAACGAGGAGCAGAUGAAGCAGGGCAUCGCUGCGCUUUCGGGGCUCGAGGAGGCGGACGAGACGUUGUCGUGGACGCACGUUCGGCAACAGCUGGUGUUCGACGCAAGCUCCAAGACCUGGGUCGAGCCCGAAAAGCUCUCGCCGGACGCGCGCAUUGCCGGGUACAGCGCGGUGCUCGAAGAGUGCCGACAGAACAUGGCGAAGGAGGCGAACAAGGCGGCCAAGACCGAGAAGAAGCUCAACAUUGUACUCGGGGGCUACCAGGCGCGCACGGGUGCCCUGACGAAGCGCAUUGCGGAGGCCUUCAACGAGAUGCAGAAGGUGAAGGUGGGCUACGAGACCUUCGCACAGCUCCACACAAACGAGAGCGCCACCGGCCCCGCACGAGUUUCUGCGCUUCGGGAAGAGGUUGAGAAGCUCGAGAGACGAGAGAAGAUUCUCCAGGAGCGUUAUGCGGAGCUGGAGUCGGAGCGGCGGGAUGCGCAGGUGCGUGUAGCGACGCUGGAGGAGAGGAUGAUGGCAGAAGCAGAGGCGGUGAAUGAGGCUGCUCUGGCUCAGCUGGAGACUGAGGCUGCUGCAUGAGUUUCUGGAGUUGUAAGGCUGUACUAUAGUACUUGAUGAUGCUAUUGUCUAUUCUAUGU